ACCAUACCAGGAUCAGCUAAGCUGGUGGACAAGACUUGAAAGAGACGAGAGAGAGAGCAUCAGGCAUCAUCAUGAGCUGCAGCUCGCCGCCGCCGCUGGAGCAUCAUCACGACGCCGCCCGGCCGACGAUAGCCCCGGCGCUGGACCUGCUGGACGAGCACUGGUUCUUCGGCAACACCCUCGUCACCAAUAGCAGCGCCAAGAAGAAGAAGAAGCCGCCGCCGCACCUGCCCAGGUCGCCGUCCACAGCCACAGCCACAGCCACAGGGGAGAAGGCCUCGGGUUCGGCGGGGCCGCCGGCCAGGCUAGGAGGCCGGCAGCUACUCCGGACGCCGUCGCUCCCGUCGUCUCGCGUCGGGAUGACGACGGAGUUGCCCUUGCCCACCAACAACAACAAGGAUGACGACGACGACCUCAACUGGAGCUCCAUCUACGAGGGCGUCCUGCGAACAAGGCUGGCGGAGGGAGGCAGAUCGGCGCUGCGCCGGGCGCCGUCCAUGCCCGUCCCCACGUCCGCCACGGCCAUGGGGCUGCUCAGGCACUCGCACAAGGCCGAGGCUGAGCAGAGGACGCCCGGCGGCGGCAGUAGUGGAAAUGAGCCGCGGCGCAGCAAGAAGCAGACGACCAGUCCCCGGCGUCCUUACCUGUCGGAGGCGUGGCAGCGGCCAGCGCUAGUGAGGGUGCAGUCGGCAGCGGAGAUGAAGGACCUGCUCAGGAUGUGGGCACAGGCCGUCGCGUGCAACGUGCGACACGACACCGUCUCAAAUCACAAGCCGUUUUAGCUAUUCUUUCUUUCUUUCUUUUUGGGAGGUAUACAUUGAUCGAUUCAUUCAUUAUUUUAUUCAUCAUGGAGAUAAUAACGCAGUAUACUGGUA